ACCUGGGCCUGGAUCAGUUUAUAGUGAAACGCUAUGAUGGGAAGAAAUUAUCCCAGGAGCGAGAGAAGUUUGCUGAUGAGGACAGCAUAUUUUAUGCACUUGGAGAAUGUGGACUCAUUUCUUUUUCUGACUACAUCUUCCUCACAACGGUCCUCUCCACUCCCCAGAGGAAUUUUGAAAUUGCCUUUAAGAUGUUUGAUCUGAAUGGUGACGGUGAGGUGGACAUGGAAGAGUUUGAGCAGGUUCAGAGCAUCAUUCGUUCACAAACCAGCAUGGGCAUGCGCCACAGAGACCGGUCUACAACAGGGAACACACUGAAAACUGGCUUCAACUCUGCACUGACAACAUACUUCUUUGGAGCAGAUCUGAAAGGGAAGCUGACCAUCUCCCACUUCCUCGAUUUCCAGCGCAAACUGCAGCAUGAUAUUCUGAAGCUUGAGGGUCAUAAGCUGGUUGAAGACAAUGUUCUUUUUGAACUGGAAAGUGUCAAUUCCUCAGCACCUCUACAAAUGGAAACAAAUGAAAUACUUUUUAAG